UUCCCACGUUAUAAAAGUCCCUUCAUCCUCCCAAAGUCCUUACCAUACCCCCAAAGUUCUUACUUAACUCCUCGAUCUGUUUCUCUUAGGAUUUUCAUGAGUCACUGUUCCCUCACCAAGCUUUCUCGGUCGGAAACGGCGAAAAUGAAGGUCCACGGAGCCGUGUUAUCAACCGCGUCCCAGCGCGUGUUCGCUUGCCUCUACGAGAAACAACUCGACUUCGAGUUAGUUCCGGUUGACAUGAGCACCGGCGGCCACAAAAUGGAACCUUUCAUUUCUCUCAACCCAUUUGGUCAACUUCCAGCAUUUGAAGAUGGAGAUCUGACACUCUUCGAAUCAAGGGCGAUUACCUCAUACUUAUCACAUGCUUACGCCGGCAAGGGAAACCAGUUGAUGUAUUCGGAUGCCAAGAAGAUGGCGAUUGCAUCCAUGUGGAUACAAGUGGAGGGCAACCAGUUUGACCCGGUGGCUUCGAGCCUCUGUUGGGAGCUUGUUUUCAAGACCAUGUUUGGGAUGACAGCCGCUGCUGCGGUGGUGGAUGAGAAGACGGCCAAACUGGGUCUAGUUCUGGACAUAUACGAGGCUCGGCUGGCUCAGUCCAAGUACUUGGGCGGACACGACUUCACCUUGGCGGAUCUGCACCACCUCCCGUGCAUUCAACUGCUGAUGGGUACCCAAGUCAAGAAGCUGUUCGAUUCACGCCCCCGUGUCAGCGCGUGGUGCGCUGAUAUCCUGGCUAGGCCGGCUUGGCUUAAGGUCGUCGCAAUGCAAGCCAGCAAUUAAUCGACGAGUGCUUUUUAAGUUGGGGAAAUACUUUUUUCACGCAAUAAAAUGAUUUCCCAUAAUCUGAUGUCGUUUGUUUUAAAGUCAAGGUCAAAUCGCUUUGACCAUCUCGAGUUGAAGUUUCUUAUGUUGUAAUUGAUCUUGUGUUUUCUUGAUUCGGUUUCAAGCUUCAAACGUCUUAACAAAAGGCUUAAUGUCAUCCCGUUUGGACCACUAUUACACUAUAUGACGAUAUGUUAUCUUAA